UUAAAUUGUGCUCUUUCUCAUUCCUCUUAGCUUUUACACUUGAAAGUUUUUCGGUGCAUUCAAGUCUUCCACCCAUUAUUCUCUUCUUUGAUGGCGAUCAUGGUGGGUGACCCAUGAACAGUAUCAACAGCUUCGUCGUAAACUAAUCCAGGUUGUUUGAUCUUGUCUGCUUUCCUGCGUACGAGUGACAUCACAGAGAUCCAUUUCUUGAAGAAAGUUAACCAUGGAAAGCAAGACAUGGCUUUGGAAGAAAAAAUCUUCAGAAAAGACCAUUGUUGCAAAUGACAAAGCCGACCCUUCUUUGAAAGGAAAUGGACAAGAGAAGCACCCAAAUGAGAAAGAAAUUGCUCUGGAAAAAUCAGUGAUGAAUCUAAAUGAGAAGUUGGCUUCUGUCCUCAGUGAGUGUGAUGCCAAAGAUGACCUCGUGGCAAACCAUGCCAGAAUGGCUCAAGAAGUCAUUGCAGGCCGGGAGAAGGCAGAGGCAGAAGUAGUUUGUCUGAAAAAAGAACUAGAUGAAACAUUACAGCAGAGAGUAGCUGCAGAUGAAAGGUUAACUCACUUAAAUGCCGCAUUAAAGGAUUGUAUGCAGGUGUUAAGUUCUGUUAGAGAAGAUCAGGAACAACGAAUCCGUGAUUCUGUAAUGAAGACAUCAGAUGAAUUUGAGAAGGCACAUAAGAAAUUAGAGGAAAAACUAUCUGAAACAUGUAAAAGGCUUGCAAACUUGACUGUUGAGAAUUCUCGUCUCAGUAUGGCCCUUCUAGGGAAAGAGAAAUUGGUUGAGGAUCUUAGUAGGUGCAAGUCUCAGGUAGAAGCAGAAUUCAAUACACUAAUGGCCAGGCUGGAUUCUACAGAAAAAGAAAAUGCCUUUUUGAAAUAUGAAUUUCGCAUGCUUGAGAAGGAGCUUGAGAUUCGAAAUGAGGAGAUACAAUUUAGCCGUCGCUCUGCUGAUGCAUCACACAAACACCACUUGGAUAGUGUAAAGAAGAUCUCAAGGUUAGAAGCAGAAUGUCAAAGAUUGCGUGUCCUAGUGCGCAAGCGGUUGCCUGGUCCAGCUGCGUUGGCGAAGAUGAAGAGUGAAGUUGAAAUACAGGGAAGAAGUCAAAUAGAGAUGGGAAGGAGAAAGUUGAAUCCCAUGACCGGAGGUGUGAGAGACUCUACCACAGAAGGCUCUCUUGAAAUUCCCAGUAAGAAGAUUAGUUUGUUGAUCGAGCAGUUAUGUAAUAUAGAAGACGAAAACAAAAUUCUCAAAGAAAUUUUAGCCAAGAAAGAUAAUGAACUUUGUUCUUUGACAACUGUAUGUGCUAGAAAAACCUCCAAAUUGUCCCAGGUUGAAGCUCAGCUUGCAGAGCUUUCAAAAGUUCAGAAAUCUAUGCAAUUGCAGCCAGCUUUGUCUGACACACUGUCAAAUGAACUCUCUCUCGCCAGUUAUGAUGUAGGCAAUGAUGAUGAAACUUAUCAUUCAGGAUCAGUGGCUUCUGCUCUGAUUUCAGAGCUAGAGUAUUUCAGACAACGAAACCCCAGAAAUACAUCUGCAUCUGAAUGCAAAAUGAUUGGAGUUUCAGACAUGAGCCUAAUGGAUGAUUUCGCAGAAAUGGAGAAGUUAGCAAUAGUCGCUGUUGAUGCCUCCCUAGGAAAUUCGUAUGCUUCUUCAGAUGCGAGUUACAGGUUAUCAGAUUCCUUGACAAAGGAGGCAUAUAAGCAUCAUUUGUAUUUGUCUUGUAAGGAACUAGUUCCAGUGGUACAAGGGGAUCCCAAUGACGGGCAACAAGAACUCCAAACAAGAGAUGUAUCAUCUGGAAAAUCCUGUGAUUGGCUUCAGGAUGUCUUGAAGGUGAUCUUGGAGCAAAAUCGUUUUUCAAAAAGAAGUGUUGAAGAACUUCUCGAGGACAUUAGAUUAGCUUUGCAAUAUUUGAAUCACCGAGGUGCAAGUGAAGCUUAUAGAGCAGGGAUUUCAAAGCAUCCAGAGCGAUCUGAGGCGCUUCCAAUAAGCGGUUAUAUUACUUGGAAAUCUCCAAAUGCAUCUCCUAGAGUGGGUUCAAUUAAAAAAACUCCUGAUAUUGGCACCACGAUGCAAGAAACGCACAGUGAAUAUGUCCAAUCCAAUCUGAGUAGGUCAAUCUGUAGAAUGAUUGAGCUUAUCAGAAGGAUAGAUUCAACAUGCUCAACGAACUGUACUGUGCCAGAUAGUUCAGGUAUAAGUCAGAGAACCUUACCACAGUUGCAGUCCACAAUACCGUCAGACUACUUGGUUCAUGUUUUCCAAUGGAAAAGUUGUGAACUAAGAACUGUUCUAAGACAAUUUGUUAAUACUUGUACUGACUUGUUGCAUGGGAAGGUCGACUUUGAGAAGUUUGCUGAGGAGUUGGCAUCUACAUUGUACUGGAUUGUGAACAAAUGCAUUGCCUUUCAAGAUGCUUCAAGUCUUAGAGAGAAAACCAAGGAGCAUUUUGGUGAUGAUGAAUCAGCAUGUGCAAGUGAGUCUGGAUCUGUGGGCAAUUGCACGUUUUCACCAUCAAUUGUAGUUCACAAGUCUGAGGAGCAGUCAUCGUUUUCCCCCUCCAUUACUACUUCAAAUAUGCAAAAUCUUAUGUUCAGAAUGGAGAAGAUUCGCUCUAAUCUGCAAGAAGAGAAUGAAGGAUUGAAAGAAGAGUUGAAUAAUAUGAAAUCCUCACAAAAAGAAUUGGAGGCGAUGCUGCAGUCGGCAAACAAUAAGGAAAAGGCCUUGACAAAUCAACUUCGUGAAUCAGAACAAAGCAUUGGAAAUCUACAAACUGAAGUGGAUACUAUGAAAGAAUCCAAAAGAAUGAUUGAGGAUCAAUUUGAAAAUCAGAAGUUGAUAAAUGAAGAUCUCGAUACCCAGCUGAAUGUUGCUAAAGCUAAAUUAAAUGAAGUUCUUCUGAAGUUAUCUGCUCUUGAAGUAGAAUUAGACGAUAAAAGUCACUGCUGUGAAGACUUGGAAGGGACCUGCCUUGAGCUUCAACUCCAACUUGAAAGUAUUACCAACAAGGACAUUCCAGAAGAUGACAUAGAUCAAGAGGAGAAGCUACUCCAAACUGUAAGUUUCCUUUUUGUUGACAAAAUCAACAUUAGAUUUCUGCAAAGAAUGCCAUGUGCAUGAUCAGGUACUUACGAUCUUUCCCUGGUACUCCCUUAGUUUGAAAAAAUUGUUGUGAGCCUCUGCUUUACAGAGGACCACCAUAGUUAGAUUAAUUAUGCACACAGGCACAUUUUGUUCCGUUACGUUCAGUGUCCUAGUUUGUGCUGAUUGAGUAGCAUCAAUGUGAGAGCUGUGCCUGUAUGUUGACAACUCUGAUUCUCACGUUCAUAUUGCGCUGUAGGUAUACAAGACAUUCUAAACAUACAGUUGGACAUUAAUUAGAAAACUAAAUUAUCCCAUCAUGUUUUACAUGUCCUUUUAUGUGCAAGUACAGUAUAGUGGAUGGGGAAUAUCACAUACCAUUUCAGCCACCAUCGAACUUUGUUGGGAUGAAAGGAAAAAUUAAAGAGAGAAAUUGAACCAAUGUCACUAUAUGAGGUCCUAAGUUAAUUCUCUAAUCGCCUUUGAAAUCCGGUGUAAAAUUUUGUGGGAGCAUUUUAAGACCUGGGAUGCUGAAAGGCAUCCUUGAUUAUGGGAUUGACAUACCAUGGAAAUGAAUAUAGUAUGGCUGGAUUAUGUAGAGAAGACCUCUUUCUCUCGACUCAAUACCCAUUUCAUCCUCAUACCUUCCAGAAAAAAUACGCCUUUGCAAAAGUUAAUUGUACUUAGAUGAUACCUUUUUGCAUACACCUAAACAAGGUGGUCAAGGAAUGAAUUAUCAGAGGCGGUCAUAAAUCAAAAAACUCGUUCAAAUUUUGCAGGGCUGGGAGAUUUCAGCUGCUUCUGCAAAGUUGGCUGAGUGCCAAGAAACCAUAUUCAACCUGGGGAAACAGUUAAAAGCGUUGGCUUCACCGAAGGAAGCAGCAAUUUUUGACAAGGUUUUCUCUAACACCAGCGCCAACAAUAAGAAGUUGAUCCAGCGCUCAUCCCUUCGUGAUAGAAUGCUGGCCGAGGAUGGCGAUGAACCAGUGGAUUUGAAUUCCCCGAAGACAAAAGAAAUUAUUAGCACUGCAGAAACAAAAACACCGACCAUCAUUCGUGCUCCUAAUUUCCAGGUAGCGCCUCCAGAAGGAUAUCUUGCUUUGAAGCCUGAAUUCAGAACUGUUGCAGUUGGAGCUCCUCUUGCAAUUGUACCAAGUAAGAAACGGGGAGGACGGUUUGGUUUGCUAAGGAAGCUAAUGCUUAAAAGGAAAAGAGGGAAGACAUCGGUUUCUUUUGCCACUUAAGGCGUCGAUGAAGCAAGAAAAAGAAACAGCAUUACUUAAUGUUUGCUAAUCGAUGAUUAUGGCAUUCCUUGUUUUGCCAAUGCUGCUUGUCAAUAGGUAAGUAUGCAUGUCUUGUUUAUACCUGAUUUGCAGAGAGUGGAUUGUAUGAUGUUCUUGAUGUAUAUUUUUCUGUACACUUUUGGGGGACUAUAAUAGCAAUAAUAAUCGAAAAGCAUUGGCAGUUGGACUGUGGUUUCCAGGCAGAGCACAC